AUGUCUGAUAAGAUUGAUGUUAAUAAAUCUAACGAAGCCAAUGUUGUUAAAGACAAGAAAUCUAAUGAACUUGAUAAUACCUUAGAAGUAACUUUUGUAGAAAUUAAAAUUCCAGAAUUUAUAAAACCAGUCUUGAAAAACUAUUUGAUUUUUUAUGAAAUUACCGGAUUUUACAAAGGACCAGGUGGUUUAGAUCCUGAUUACAAAAAGAAAAAAGAAGAGAAGGAAACAAAAGAAGAGAAAAAAAAAGAAGAGGAAGAAACAAAAGAGAAAAAAAAAGUAGGACUAAUUGAUAAAUUAAAAAAUAUAUAUAAAAAUGAAAGAGAUGAAAUGAAAACCAAAAAAGAAGAGGAAACAAAAGAGGAAACAAAAGAAGAGGAAACAAAAAAAGAGGAAACAAAAGAAGAGGGAAAAAAGAAGAGAGAAAAAAAGAAGAGAAACAAGAAGGAAUUGUAA